AUGCAGCGGAAACAGAAGUCCUUGGGUUUGUGUGUGACGGAUAGAGGAAUGAGUGAGAGACGUAAUGCGCAACAAAAGUAUUACCACAUCUUGUUAAUCAUUCCUUUGAAUUCUUCUGAACAAUGUCCACAUCGCGCAAUAUCACGGUGCUCUGGUAAAAAGUCUUCUUUAAAAAUAAAAUUACAAUGGAAAAUGUUUGUGAUUGUUCCGAUCCUCAAUCAAUUUGAAUGCAUUGAACAUAAACCAGAUAUUCUGUGUUUAAGUGAAACUCACGUCAUUGAUGAAAUAUUAGAUAGUGAAAUCACUUUUCCUAAUUACUCCUUGGUGCGAACGAACUCGAAUAACACUAGAACAGGUGGUGUCGUCACGUAUAUUUUAGAUAAUAUUAAAUAUAAUGUAGUAAAUAAUCCCAGUCUAAGUAUUAAUGGUAUGUGGUUGCAUUUCAUACAAAUUCAGGGCAAAAAUGAUAAAUUUUAUUUAUGCAAUAUAUAUAGGUCUCCUAAUAGUAAAAUUAGCCAAUUCACAAAAAAAAUGCUAGAUCUUGUAGAGGAAUGGUCAGAUUUGGGCAAUCUAUUAAUCGUGGGGGACUUUAAUAUAGAUGUAUUAAAAAAUGAUUAUUAUGCUAAAAAAUUCGUGGAAAAUAUGAAAUGUAUGGGUUUAGAUCAAAAAAUUACAUCACCGACAAGAUCUACAAUACAUUCUAAUACUAUAAUUGACUUAUUAUUUACUAACUUGCAUUUAAAUACUGAGAUAUUAGAAGAACCUAAAAUAGCUGAUCACAAUAUUAUUUAUAUCAAACUUAAUAAUAGACUAUAUAAUGUUAAUAAUAAUAAAUCUAAAUUAAUAACUUGUAGGGAUUACAGAAGUUUUGACAAUGACAUAUUUGCUAAAAAUGUUGCUUCUAAGUUAAGUAAAAUUGACUUCACAACCUUAGAUUGUGAUCAUACUAAUAGCAAAAUUAUCUUUAUCUUUAAUAAUCUGGUCGAGAAUGUAAUUGAUAAUAUAAUCGGUACUAUUGACUCAUUAGCUCCAAAACAUAAUAAAGUGAUUAAAUACAACUGGGAAAAAAAACCAUGGAUCGAUGGUAAAGUCAUAAAUUUAAUAAAAGAUAGAAAUAAGGCAUUUAAAAUAGCUAAAGAAACGAAUGAUAUCAAUAAUGUUACUACUUACAAAAAGUUACGAAAUGAAGUUGUCAAACAACUAAAAAUUAACAAACUAGAUUUUUACAAGACUGAAAUUGAUAAUAAUAAACGAAAUGCUAAACAAAUGUUAAAUGAGUAUUUCAUCAAUAGUAUCGGAGAUAUUGUUAAUCAAAUAGACGAUAAUUUAAAUAUACACUGUGAUAAUAAUUUUAAAUAUGAUAAUAACCGAGCAAUGCGUGUGAUCUUAGGUGUUAAUAGAUACACUAAACUAGAGACAAUGCUUGAUACUUUAUGUUGGUUAUCCAUAAGGCAAAAAAUAGUAUUUAAUUCUUGUUUGUUUAUUCAUAAGAUUCUUAAUAAUUUACUACCUAAAUAUUUACUUGAUGAAUUCGUUUUCAAUAAUAUGCAGUAUAAAACGAGAUCU